AAGUCACAAAGAAAACAUAUUUUACAAGGAUGAGAGACGUUUCGUAGUUAUUUCAUAUACCUUUAAGUCAUAUUCACCUUGAUCUUGGGUAUAUUUUACACUUGAAUGAAAAUAUUUUUAAGCAAAUUUAAACCCCACUUCACUACUUUUAUCAAAUACAAUAGGAGUUGCAAAAUGGAUAAUCACCAAAUAGGAAUUGUGAUAAAGGACAUACCGGCCUAGAGAUUUAUAAAUACAAUUGUUGACCCGACAGAAAUAUAAACACCAUUCACAUUGGAUCGAACUCUAACUCUAGUGUAUUGCAGUAUCAAAGGGACACCGGUAGAUCAAUAUUAUGUUGUAUUUGACAAAUGUUUUGAUGGAUUACUGCAUCAAAUCGUCACAAUAGUGAGGAAUUAAGAAGGCAAUGACACUAGAAUGAACAAUACUUGUCAAAAGUGUGGUAAACCAGUAUAUUUCGCUGAAAGAAAAACCUCUUUAGGAAAGAACUGGCAUCCGAACUGUUUACGAUGUGAAGAAUGUGGUAAAAUACUGUCCGCUGGUCAACAUGCUGAGCAUGACAGAAAGCCGUACUGUCACAAGCCGUGCUAUGCAGCAUUAUUUGGACCUCAGAUGAUGGGAUAUGGAUACGCAUCACCGGCAAACUUCAGAAAAAGUGAUCAAUUAGACAAUAUAACUGGGAGUAUUUAUAACGGACACGAUGGAGGUUCACCAGUUAUGGUUUAUGAAUUUGGAAAUAGCAAAAACGAUAUAAGCAUUACUCCAGUUGCUAAAAGAACUCAUGUGAACAAAAUAAACAGGCCAAAAUCUCAGCCUCCAAUGAAAAUUAAAACUAUUUCAUCGAAAGAACAGGAAGUUUUGAACAAGAUAAAAACAUACAAUGAAUACUACCAAGAAAAAGGAAAGAAAAGACAAUCUGUGUCAGCUUCUACUGACAACAAUAACCUAGUCAUAAGAGGUCCCGUGACCAUUCUAUGGGGAGUUAAGAAACCAAUCAGAUUCCAGCAUUGUGAUGAUGUACCCCCAGAGCGCCCAACUGUCAAUCAUAGACACAGCUUCAUGCCAGGAUCUGAAGUUAAAAUUCCCUCCGAUAUGAAGGCAAUCAGAGAGUCUACUAGUUCACCUUUGCGUAAAAUUACAAUUGAUGACAGUAUGGUACAGUCCCCCACAGAAAUAGAGGGAGUUACCUUGCGACGGAGACCAGUCAAAAAGUUCAAUACAGUAGCAUACAGAGGUGAUAAAAGACCAGAAAAAUGGAAACGAGCAUCAAUAAAUGGUCAUAUAUACAGUUAUGAAACUUGUGUGUUUACCCCUAGUCUGGGCAGUAGUACAAGUGUGACUGUUGACAGUACAGCAACUACACCUGAAGUUAUCAAAGCACUGCUGGAUAAAUUUAAGGUUGAAAAUUCACCAAAUGAAUAUGCUUUGUAUAUAGUAGAUGAAGAAAAUAGUGAGAGAAUACUCAGGGAUAAAGACUGUCCAUUGUUAGAAAGAAUUAAAUUAGGGCCGGACGAGGUAUCGGGUGCCAAGUUAUUAUUACGUGAUCGUGUGGAGAGGAAACAGUCAUUACUUGACACACCUAUAUUUGAAGUGUCACCGGCAGAGGAAGAAGUAUCAAAAGGGCAGGAAGAUUUUGUAAAAUUACCAGAUGAGAUAGAAACAUUAAUAGCUUUACCUGAACCAGUGCUAAGAGGCAUUUUAUCAAAGUUUAAACAAGAUGAAGAUGAUGAUGUCCAUCAGUUGAAAUCAAGAUUUGAAUUAGCAAAGAGGAGACUCAAAGAAGAAAUGAAAAAGCUAUCUGAGAAAACGUGAAGUAAAAUAUUUUAAAUAACAGUAAGGCAUAGAACUUAUAUGCAGUAACAAGUUGUGCUACCAGAAAAGAAAAUAGAAUAAGCUUUAGUGCCAUGGUAUUAUUGAAUAGUUGUUCUGAACAUGAUGUUAACUUAAAUCAACAUUUGACAUGCUCAUAAUGAUUUGAAACUGGAUGUAUCCAAUAUUUCACCAGUAUUAGGAAUUCUGUUGAACUGCUGUUACCUUGCAAGUGCACAAUCUUCCUAUAAUCCAGUGCUGGGGUGUCAAAUAAUGGUUACAUCGACAUGUAAAAGCUUAUUAAUAUGUAUAUACAUCAUAAGAUCAACUGUUUAAAUAUACAAUCAAUAUACAAUGUGUAUUUCUUCCAUUAUUUCUAUAUACAAAUAAUUUAACAGAAUAUUUCUUCCAUCACCUAUAUAUA